UUAUAAAAAAAUCUGCUAGCAAUUGAACAGUUUCAAUCGCCAGGACUAAUUUAUUGCUACUGUGUGUGUAUAUAUAUGAGCAAUCAUUGUGUUAGUUUUGCAUACAGUAGCAGCACAGGACUGCAAAUCGUAUACACUUUCUUUCAUAGACAUUAAGAGUUAGAGACAGAUAUGAAGAAUAAAUCAGUUUUCUUGUUGAUCUUUAUUGCAGUAGUUGAUUAUGAAAUAGGUGUUUGCUAUGGAGGACUGAGGAAAAAUUUUUACGAGCAUACCUGUCCUCAGGCUGAGGAAAUUGUCAAAACUAUCAUUUGGAAACGUGUGGCUUCCAAUUUAACAUUACCUGCAAAGUUUCUAAGGAUGCAUUUCCAUGACUGUUUUGUUCGGGGUUGCGAUGCAUCGGUAUUGCUGGAUUCGACGCCAAAUAACGCAGCUGAAAAAGCAGCAGCUCCAAAUUUAUCUCUUGGAGGUUUUGAGGUAAUAGAUGAGGUCAAAUCCCAAUUAGAGAAGGAAUGCCCUGGAGUUGUUUCUUGUGCAGAUAUAGUUGCUCUAGCUGCAAGAGAUUCUGUUUCUUUCCAAUAUCAGAGGCCAUUAUGGGAAGUGCUAACAGGAAGAAGAGAUGGAACAAUUUCUCGAACAUCGGAGGCUCCAUCAAAUAUUCCUUCACCUUUGUCCAACUUCACCCUUCUCAAACAAUCUUUUGCCAACAAAAGCCUUACCGUUCACGAUCUCGUUGUGUUAUCAGGUGGACACACCAUUGGAAUAGCACACUGCAACUUCUUCAGCAACAGAUUAUACAACUUCACAGGAAAAGGAGACACAGACCCUUCCCUCAACCCGUUCUAUGCUGCUUUCUUGAAAACAAAAUGCCGAACUCUGACAGACAACACAACGACAGUGCCAAUGGACCCCUUUUCUCCUUUAUCUUUCGAUACCACUUACUUCCAUCUUCUGAAGCUAAACGAAGGCCUUUUUCAAUCUGAUGCUGCACUUCUUACCGACAAGGGAUCGAGCAAUAUCGUAGAUGAAUUGCUCGAUCCGGCCAAGUUUUUCACCGAAUUCGCUCAAUCUAUGAAGAGAUUGGGAGCCAUUGAAGUCCUCACUGGAAGUGCUGGACAAAUCAGGAAAAAUUGCAGGGUGGUCAAUUCUUGCGGAUGGCUUGUUCAGGACAACUAUAUAAAGGGUUGGAAUCAUGUUCAUUUCAAAUCAUCAGCUACAACUAUUUUCCUGAUUAUUGCGUCUAAUUUAGUUUGGUUUUUAAAUAUUAGCGAAGAUAUGAGGCCUAGUAACUUCAUUCUCCUACAUAUUUCUCUCCUAGUGCUAACUGCAGCCAUGAAGUUUUCCAAUGGAGAAGAUCAUGGUCAUGGUCUUAAUCCUGGCCGUGGUCUGGGACAUGGUCCUAAUCCUGGCAGUGGUCUUGGACCUGGUGGGAAUCCCGGUCGGGGUCAUGGUCCUAAUCCUGGUCGUGGUCGUGGUAAUGGUCAGCAAAAUAAGCAACAUGGGCAAAACAGUUGCCCGCAACUUGAAGCAAUUUCAAGGGAAAUUACGUGGAGAAGGGUUUCUGCUAACCCCGCCUUUAUAGCCAAGAUAUUAAGGAUGCAUUUCCAUGACUGUUUUGUUAGGGGAUGCGAUGGAUCCAUUCUGUUGGAUUCUACUAAUAAUCCUGCUGAAAAAGAAGCGAUACCAAACAAGUCUUUAGCAGGAUUUGAUGUUAUUGAUGAAAUAAAAGCUAAAUUAGAAGAAGAAUGCCCUGGACAAGUGUCAUGUGCUGAUAUUCUUGCCUUGGCAGCAAGAGAUGCUGUCGCUUUCCAAGUAAGACAAUAAUAUGUAAUUAAGUCUUUAUGGCCCGUUUCUAUUGGAAGAAAAGACGGAAGAGUUUCUUCGAAAGAUGAGGCUGAUAGAGAUUUACCCGCUCCAUCAGCUAACUUUACCACUCUCAGGCAACAAUUUCAAAGCCAUGGACUGGAUGUUACAGAUCUUGUUGCUUUGUCAGGGGCUCACACUAUUGGACUAGGGCACUGUGUAAUAAUUGCAAAACGGCUGUUUGAUUUCACAGAAAGAGGAGAUACAGACCCUUCACUCAAUAAAGAGUAUGCAAAUUUCUUGAAACAGAAAUGCUCAAACCCUCCCAAUCCAAAUACCACAUUAGAGAUGGACCCUGGAAGCUCACUCUCCUUUGACAGCCAUUAUUUUGUGGCUCUAAACCAAAGCAAGGGUUUGUUUGAAUCAGAUGCCGCUUUACUUACUAACCCAGAAGCAGCUCGGCUGAGCAGUAUUUUCCAAAACCAACCUGUUUUCUUUGCUCAAUUUGCUCUGUCAAUGGUGAAAAUGGGUUCAAUUGGAGGAGAUCAAGGAGAGAUUAGGAGGAAUUGCCGUGUUGUUAAUUAAUUAAUGAGAAAUAUGUAUUAUUAAUUUAUGUGAUUGUGUCUUUUUUUCA